AAUGACACACAUGCAUCAAAUGUUCAACACAUCUGGUUCUUAUGAAUCCUUUUCUCUUUAAAAGUUCUUAUUUCAGGAGGAUAGCUACAGCUCACCAUGGUCGCACUUUCUGCACUUGUUUCAACUGUUUUAGUUUGUAUCCUGAUGAUGAAGAUAAAGAUUAUUGAAUCCAGCGGACACCACUGCCCUGUGUCUUUGGAUAUCCAAGAGUUUAAAAAAUACCAUGAGUCUGUCAAAGAGGUCUUGCACAAAAAGGAUGUGAUUACAGAUGUCAGCCUCCUGAAAGCCAAAGUGCUGAAUCAGAUACAUCCAUCUGAGCAAUGCUGCUUCCUUCUCAAACUGGGACGUUUUUACAUGAACAAUAUUUUCCCAAAACUGGAAAUCUCUUCAAUUAAGGAGCAGAAAGGUCUUAAUCAUUUAGCUAACUCUGUCCUGGGUCUAAAGAUAGAGCUCAAGCAUUGUCAUUCUUCUAUGAGGUGUCCCUGUGGUGAUCAGUCACACAAAAUUAUGGAAGACUUUAGGGAAACCUUUUACCAGAUGGAGACAGAAGCAGCUAUUAUUAAAGCUAUUGGAGACUUGAAUAUCCUGAUUCGCUGGUUGGAAAAAAAUUAUCAAGGCUGAAAGCAUAAUGCAGACUGAAAAAACUUAUAACAUUUCUGAACACUGACAUUUGCAAUGAAGAAUUAUUCCUAUUUUUUUUAUUAUUGUUUAUAUUGUUCCUGUUGAUGUGAUUUUACUGUAA